AUGGCGCUGGAAUCAUCUUCAGAUCUUGUCCAAUUCUUAUCUGUUAUUGAAAGUCACUUCGGCUCUGCUAAAACUUUGAUCUCCACAGAUCAAUUGCUUCAAGCAGAGACCUCAAAUAGCCACUACAUUAUACUCACCAAAAUAGCCAAUGAGAUAGACAAGAGUCAAAUAGUGGUGAUAUCGAUUGUAUCUCCUCAACAUAAUAUCCGUUCGACAGUUGUUGAAAUUCCAGCCACUGAGACACUGGAGUUUUUGGAUCAAGUGAAGGGGCAACUUUUAUCUUUUUUGAAUGCUGAGGUUGUGGCGUUUCCCCGCAAACAAGAAGAGCCUAAGACGUCAACGACUGUGAAUGAUGCUCCAACAUCUUCUGCUUCUUCUCCUUCAAUUCAAUUACCUUCAGCUAUCUCCAAAAGACCAAAUGAUAUGCCAGACUUCGAUGAUGAAUACGAAACCCGUGCAAAAGGAUCAGGGGUAAAUCCUUCCUUAAGCAAUACAAUUGAGGACAAUAAGGAUUUAUAUCCUGGUGGGGUGAAAUAUCCCUCUAUCAAACCAUAUCUUGAUCCUACUGGUGGGAACCUUCCUAGUCCAAGUAGCGGUGCUUUCAUUGGAGGAGGUAUGAUUCCAACUCCUAAUGACAGAUUAUUCGGUCAUCCAAAAUCUAGUGGUGUCGGUCAAAUUACAGGUGUUCCUCCAGGAGCCCGCUAUGAUGAUCCUUAUGGUGAAGAAGGAAGAAGCUUUCCCGGAGCAACUAACUCACUUUAUGGUACGGAAGAUGUAAAUUCCGGAUUAUCUCAAGAGUUUGGUGGUUUAAGAAGACCGCAAGGAGGGCCGCCUGGAUUUUCCGGAGAUGGAUCGUCGUUACCCGGAUUCGGUCCUGGUCCGGGUUCUGGAGCUGGUCGUGGAGGGUUUGGGUUUGGUUCGGGAUCAGGAAAUACCUUCGGUAACUUUUAG